AUGUCGUCGCAGACAUGGCAUGUGCCGGUGAAACUUGGUCUCAACCCGCCAGUCCACUUUGCAAGCCCGGGUUCAGCAGAUAUAAAUUUCCCAGCCGGUCUUCGACAUCUCUGUCACAAGGGUCCGCAGGCAGAAAUUUCCUAUGUCCUCAACAACUGGCCUCCUAGCCUUGGCUCUCUCUCCAAUUCCCCAUCAGUCUACCGGCCAGCCCAAUGCUCAGCUGCUCUCGCCGGCCGUAUCGCCGUUCUCGAGGACCUUUUCGCCCACGGCUGUCCUCUCUUCAACGAAGACGGUGACGAGACGGUUUCCAAAGCCGCGACAGAGGGUGCGGUGCGGCGAGAAAACACCACAGUUUUGGAGUUUCUGCUUGAGAAGGGGUGGGAUUCUCGAGUGCGGACUCUAGUUGUGGUGUAA